GUCCCAAAAUGGCGGUGGAGGACUCAAUUGGAUACUGAAGGUUGUGGUGGGGGUUCAAUGUCGCUUCUCUCUUUAUAUAGGACUCUACUCACGACUAUACCUUUGUUAUAUUUCUGAACGCGCUCCAAUAACCUAGUAUUAUGUUCUGUAAUUUAUAUGGUACCCAUAUGGUUGAUUGUCAUUAGUAACGAUCAUUCUUAGAUAAUUAUUUUAGAGUUAAAUUUUAAUUAUUUUUUAUUUAUUGAAAUAUGAACGAAAUAGAAAGUUUGCGACAAAGAGUUACAGAGCUUGAAGACGAGCUGCGUGGAAAGAAAAAUAGAAAUGUGACAGUAAGGGGAAGGAUUGAACAUAUGUCUGAUGAAGUGGUGGAUUCAAAUCCAUAUAGCCGAUUGAUGGCACUGAAGCGUAUGGGUGUUGUUGAAAAUUAUGAGAAAAUACGAGAAUUAACGAUAGCUAUAGUUGGAGUUGGUGGUGUUGGUAGUGUAACAGCAGAAAUGUUGACAAGAUGUGGUAUUGGAAAGUUAAUACUGUUUGAUUAUGACAAUGUAGAACUUGCAAAUAUGAAUAGAUUAUUUUUUCAACCACAUCAAGCAGGUCAGAGUAAGGUAGAGGCAGCAGCAAAUACAUUGUGCUAUAUAAAUCCUGAUGUGAAAAUUGAAACAUACAAUUAUAACAUUACAACUGUCGAUCAUUUCCAAGAUUUUAUGAAUACAAUAAGCAACUCCAGUUUGAAAAGUGGUCCAGUUGACUUGGUACUGAGUUGUGUUGAUAAUUUUGAAGCUCGCAUGGCAAUUAAUACUGCGUGUAAUGAACUUAACCAGAAGUGGUUUGAAAGCGGCGUAUCUGAAAAUGCAGUGUCUGGUCACAUUCAAUUUAUUGCACCUGGUGAAACAGCCUGUUUUGCAUGUGCUCCACCUUUGAUUGUAGCAUCUAGCAUUGAUGAAAAAACUUUGAAACGUGAAGGGGUAUGUGCUGCGUCAUUACCUACCACUAUGGGUAUUGUAGCAGGUUUUUUGGUGCAGAACACUUUAAAGUUCUUAUUAAAAUUUGGAACAGUAUCUCAUUACUUAGGUUAUAAUGCUAUGGAAGAUUUUUUUCCUACUAUGACUUUGAGGCCAAAUCCAAAUUGUGAUGACAUACAUUGUAAGCAAAGGCAAAAAGAAUACUUGGCAAUACCAAAAAUUCAACAGAAAGAAACUAUUAUUACUGAAGAAAAACCUAUACAUGAAGAUAAUGAAUGGGGAAUUUCUUUGGUCGAUGAACAAAGUGAUUACUCAGACAAAAAAACAUGCACAUUAUCAACUCCAGGUGUACGACAUGCGUAUACUGUAUCAGCGCUUACACGUGAAACCAAUUCAGAAGAAGAACAAACUGUUCCUGAAUCUACAGGAUUAAGUUUAGAGGAAUUAAUGGCAGAGAUGAAAGCAAUUUAAAGAUAAUUUAAUGUGAACAGUAUUGCAUUUUUCAUAUUAAAAUUAUUUUUAAUUUUUAUAUUUACACAAUAUCAUAUACAUAUAAAUUCUACUUUGUCAUAGACAUGUAAAAUUAUCUUCUUUUAAUAUUUACAAUGUUUAUUACAAAGAAAUUUUUUUUAACAUAGUGUAAUAACUUACAUAACUGUAGCAAAAGAUAAAUUAUGCAGUGUUAAUAUUAUUAAGAAAUAAAUAAUAUUAUUAAGAAAUAAAUUUAUCUUUUCGAAAUCUUUUACUGAUAUUGAUUAGUGAUAUAGAGUUUCAUACAAAAUCAAACACGAAAAGUUAAAUUUUCAGGAAAUAAAACCGUUUUAUUUUCGAACCAUUCAUUGUGUUAAUACAGUUUAGGGGUAUAUAUAAUAAAAUAUAAAAGUAAACAUAAAAGUAAAAUUUUAGACUUUAAUAUUUUGAAGAUAUAAAAGAAAAAUAAAAAGAAUAUCUUUGGAUUUGUUUGAGGAUACUUGUGAAAAUUUUAGAUUUAUUUCCUAUUUAUAUUUCCUGCUUUGUUUGAUUCCUGCUGAAACAUUAUUGUUCAUGUGACGCUACUGGUAAAAAAUGAUAGAAAUCAUUGAGCGAUCAGUGUGAUCACGAAAUCAAUCUCGGGACCAAGAUUUGAAGAAAUCGGGCAAACAUCAUAGUAAGCAUAGUAGACGGCUACAUUAAAUACUGAUGUAUUUAGCCAAAAAUAUUUAUGUUGUGAGAAUAUCAUGAAUAAAAUGAUUAUAAUUAA